CAGCAGACCAGUCGAAGACCCCCUCCUGAGUCGUAAGACUUGCCGGGACAUCAAGAUGCCUGUGUUUUAAUGAACUGAGUGUUUUUCCUUAUACCGACAGCAGAAUUAAUCAUGGUGGCUGCCUGUACGCAGCGAGCACGCCACGGGCUUCAGUCAUGGCUCUGCUCUUCGCGGUUUCAGUUUUAGUGUUGGUAGGAGUGAAUAUAUGCGUUCUGGCAGCACUGCAAGAAGUGGAUUCAACCGCAGCCUCUAAAGGUGUGAACUACCCACACAAAAGGCAGGUGGGGGAUGACCUCUGCUUCAUUCCAGAGACCUUGACCAACGGAUUGUACUCUAGCCAUGAGCGGAGAUGCCCUCCAGGCGAUAACAGUGCUUCAUGCCGCUUGGUGCCGGGGGUGCCAGUCAGUGCCGGAUGGAUCAUCCAGUACCGAUGCCAUCCUGGCUUCCGACUCAAUACCACCCGAGUGGCUUCCAUCUGCCUGCAACGUCAGGGUGGGGCAAGGUGGCUACCACCUCUUCCUUCUUGCCUGGGUUUGUACCUUCAUUUGAUCAUCUACUUUUUACAGAUAUGAAU